CUGGAGAUUCGCUCCUCGGCAAACAUAGACCGCCUGCAGCCUCAGGCACGCCUGCCACUCACCAUAAACACGGAUGCCAAAUCCUUUGUCUCUCUCUCUGCCACGGAUGCUGCCGUUUACGCCCUCAACGGGAAGAAUCGGCUCACACAAGGCAAGGUAUGGUCCCUUCUGCUUCAGCCGCUCUCCUUGGGGAUUUGUGUUUCAGAGCCUUUCAAAAUUACAGUCUUCCAAGACUUCCACAUUUCUCUCCGGCUGCCAUACUCUGUGAAAAAGUUUGAACAGAUAGAGCUUCGUCCAGUGUUAUACAACUACCAGUCUGAUCCACUCAGCGUCUUAGUAUACUUGGAGCCGGCUGAAGGCAUUUGUUCCCCAGCAACGCUUGGCCCAGCACGGAAACGGAAGGUGGAGGUGCCAGGGAACUCUGCAAUUCCUAUACCCUUCGUUCUGGUGCCCAUGGGGGCGAGUGACAUCCCCAUCACCAUUGUUGCUCUUGGUGAAUGGGGGAUAGGGGACAAGGUUUCCAAGAAAUUGCGGGUCGAGAAAGAGGGUGCCAUCAGGAUAGAAGAAUAUACCGUUCCUCUUGAUAGUAAAG